AUGGAAACCCAAGCUACAGACCCGCAAAAAGCAAGCAUGACCACCGACCAACCAAAACGAGCCGCAAAACCACAAACUCCGCAACCGCAAAACCACCGUCAUUUCGACCCCUGGCAGUCAGCCUCAACAGGACACCAGCGUGCAGCUGAAGGCGGCGGCUUUCUUGGCUCGACAUUAUGGCGGGAUACGCGGUCGGAGAAAUUAACCAGGCAAUAUCAAAGCGGGGAUUGUCUUCCAGGACGGGGAGUGGGACUGGGAGCGGGGAGCAAAGAAACACAGGAGUCGACACUCUUACCCGGCGCGUUCGAUGGAAAAUGCGCGCAGUCACCGCCGCCGCAUAAAGCUUCUGGUGAAUGGGCUAUGGUAGCUGGGGAUGUGGCUAAGCGGAAUGAACUCGGCGUUCGGGAUAUACGGUCGUUCAUGGGUGUUAGCAAGAGGAAGGCUAUGGAUGAUCUGGUAAAUGAUACUACGACGGAAACGAAAAAGGUUAGGACUGUUGUUGGAGGGAACCUGAGUUUGAGUCCGACGAGAGAUACAAAGGAAGGGGAAAAGGAAAAGUCUCAAAUAGAAGACAAGCCCCAACCCGAGUCCCGAUUUGACUCCAGCCUCGAUCUGAAAUCGACAUCAAAUAUCUUUGUCGGCGUUACGAUCUUCAUCAAUGGCUCCACCCUCCCUCGAAUCUCAGAGUAUAAGCUGAAACACCUACUCGCGUCGAACGGGGCUAAGAGUUCUAUCUACAUGGCCCGGAAGACGGUGACGCAUGUUCUCAUCGGACAGCCUAAUACCGGGGCUGGAAGUGGAACAGCUGUGUCUGGUGCAGGCGGAGGUCUUGCCGCGGGUAAGCUUCAGCAGGAAAUUGCCCGUGGGGGGUGGAAAGGUGUGAAGGUUGUUAGUGUGGACUGGGCUCUCGAGAGUAUUAAAGCUGGGCGUCGUCUUGCCGAGUCCCGGUUCCCUGGUAUGCAUGUUGCGGCUAAAGGGCAGCGGAGUGUUGCUGGGAUGUUUGGUGUGCAGGGGGCGAAGAAGUGA